AAAUUAGGUAGGAACUAAAGUAUUGUGCUCCCGCGCGUCUUCGAACACGGAUUUCGGACUGAACAGCCUUCCCCCCGGAGUUAGGAUAAUCAGAGUGUAACGGCCCUCCCCGGAACGUAAAAGUCGCUGGCUGACUUUUCUGGGCGGAAAGGAUCUGGUACGGACUGGGUCCCGCUUCCGGAAGUUCCGAGCGAAUGCCGGAGCGCAAGGACUCCUUUGUUUAUGUACGGAUUGGUCGCGCGGAGGCUCCCUAGCUGGAAGAAAAAAGGAAGUCAUGUUCGCUACUACGGUGAAGCGCGCUCUGAAAAAAAGCAAGACGCUGCGUUACGGUGUGCCCAUGAUGGUACUCAUUGUUGGAGGUUCUUUUGGUCUCCGGGAGUUUUCUCAAAUUCGUUAUGAUGCAGUGAAGGCUAAGCUUGAUCCAGAAUUUGAAGAAAAACUGAGAAGGAACAAGGUGUCAUUGGAAUCUGAAUACGAGAAAAUAAAAGAUUUGGCCUUUGAUGACUGGAAGAAUAUUCGAGGACCUCGACCAUGGGAAGAUCCUGAUCUUCUCCAGGGAAGAGACCCACAAAUUGUUAAGAUUAAGCGAACCUGAAUGUGCUGACUCAAGUUGAUUUUUAAAUCAAAAUGUCAUUAUCUGGCUAUCCCUGUUUGCUCCUGUGUCUAAGAAGGCAAAUAUUACGUACAGGAAUAAGCCAACACAUGAGUAAUUGAAUGGCAAACAUGUCUUUAAAAAAAAAAUCAAAUAGCAGAGCUCUUUGUAUUUUCCAUCUGACCUAUUUGCAAAUGGAAGUAAUUGUACCGAAUGGACACUUUUCAAUAAAAAUAAGUCUACUUCAUUGAGAA